UGAUAAUGAGCGACAGAGACGGAGAUGCGCUUUAUUAGAGCAUCGAGUUCGUAUUAACAUUGAACAUCUUGUCAAUACUAUUUUUGUUAAUUCGCGACUUGGGGACAUAACGCUAGCCUGCUUUGCUACAGUUUCGGUGACGAACUCUCAUUCACAGCGUUCGGGGUGUGUUUAACAUGGAUCCAUUGCUGCCCACCCUGAACGUUUUAGACACAAGUGUGCCUCAACAUAGGCAAACAUGCCUUCUUAAAGCUUCAGAGGAGGCCAAGUCACUGGAAUCUCGCAACACAUGCUAUGACAGGAGCACAGUGCCAAAAUAGUCUCACUCCAACAUAAAACAAGGGAUCCUGUUUGAUUCCGCCUGUUUGAUUCCGGAACCAUGACACUCAUGCUAUGACAGGAGCACAGUGCCUGAUAAAAAGCCUCGUCAUGAAGGUCAUAUCUUGGCACUAAAGCUGAUUAUGUAUUUCCACCCUAUGUUUACACUGCCUGUCAUUGUGCUUGUCAUUAACAUCUUUGCAAAUUGCACGUCUUCAGCUAUAAAGAGAUGUCAGCCCAUCACCUCGACUCCAUCAGAGGCGCGGUACCUUGGCCAGCUUAAUCUGACCUUUGGCAAAUACAACGGUCAAAGCUUUAAAAGGCUGGUGGAGAAUGAUGUUGGGUACAUUAAGUAGGACAGUCUGUUACUUGCAGUAAAGAAAACCAACACAUUCAAGAUUUGUUUACGAACGUCGUCCUUUGAAAAAAAUAAUUGUAUUUCUUCACUGUCUGUAAUGAUCUGUAAUAAUAAUCAUCAUUUUGUGAAAUUUUAGUAUCCUUGAUCUCCACGUAAAACAAAGCCGCCAUCCUGGCAAAAAAGCUGGGUUAAGGAUCUUCUCCUUAGGUAUGUGCAGCUGUUUCCACAGGUCUCCUGCCACUUUGAGAUAAACGUCGACGGGGCCAUUACUUGCAGGGCCGCUAUAGAUCGUUCACGUAUUUGGAGAUGUGGUAGUGGUUCAGCCUGCACAAGAGCCUUCAAGCUGUAUCACAAGCUGGGACCGCCCAAGAGAGGAAAAUGGCACUGGAGGCAAAUGGCACUCUGUGCGGCGGUGGCUGGUGAUGAAGGAGGAGGACAUCAUCAUCAAGUCACUGAAGAACUUCAGGCAGUUACAUUCUCCACAAAGAGAAUCCUCCCCAGGACCGGCCCCUCCUGAAGCAGCUGCCAGCUCAUCAGGGUCCAAAGGUGAUAGUGUUGGUGCGGAUGAUGCUCUGCUGUUGGAAGCUCUUGCCUCCUUUGAAGGAGAAGGUAUAGCGACGUUUUUAUGUUGCAAGAGAAAUAUCUUCUUUUGUGUUUGGAAGAAGAAAGUCAUACAGGUUUGAAAUGACAAGAGGGUGAGUAAAGGGCUGGUUAUACUCGAAGCAGUCGCUAGUUCGGCUGGGUGCGCGCGCCAAAUAUGACGUCAUCGCGGUGUUCGCGGAGUUCGCUUCGGUUGAUUCUAUUCGCCGUUAAUCUAUUCUCAAAGUUGGGUUGGGAGCUGGGUCUAUACUACGCAAGCUAUGAUGACUUUCACCUUGAUAUUUUAGCGCGGAUGUAUUCCUAGCUGAAUUGCACUGUGAGACAGGGGACUCUUUCAGAAGGCAAUGUCCUAUCAAGACAAGCAUGGCAACAGAAGGUGGAAGUUCUAAAGGAUGACGGGAUGUGGCUUCUACCUCCCGAAUUACCUGGGAUCUGGAAGGGAAAGUCCUUUCAGCAGAUUCGUUUUUUCACAGCUCUGUGUUUUUCUGGAGACCAGAUGGAGUGUGGCGUUACAGUCUUCGCUGUCCUAGGUCUGACUGCCCACCACAGUCCAGUCAGAAUACAUUCCUGUACCGUUGUGGGUAUUCCAAAACGGUCAAACAGAUCUGCAACAUCUCUGGGUGGUACACCAUGUUGACUGAGGUCCUGGCAUGUAAGGCAUGCAGAAAGGCAGCCAAGGAGUCAGAGGAACACUCUAUCAGUCGUUUUCUGUCAUGGGAUGCAUGCAUCAUUGACCAGCUCAGUCCAGCUCAUAGAGCUGUGUUCCCUGCUGUCUUAACAUUACGGUGACUGCAUAUUUCCAAUGUAGCUUGAUGUCUAAAUGAUUGAAAUUGAAGAAAUUUGCGAGGAAUACCUGCAAAGAAAAGACUUAUACAUCACCCCCCUUAGCCAGUACAAAAGACCCGGGAAGAUCACAAGUCGGAGUUAAUGGUUUUCGUUACUGAUUAGGAAUAUAUAUAUAUAUAUAUAUAUAUAUGACACAAACACGGGACUUUGUGCCAACAAUUUCAGCAACUACCACGGAGAGAGCUGACAUUAUCAAGGCUGCUGAGGAAAGCCUUUCUUCUUAGUGAAGUUGAAAACAUUGAGGACUAUCGAGCACAGAUCGUGUCCACGUUUGGCAAAGUCUUGAAAUACGACUCCACCAAAAAGAUAUGCAAGAAACUUUCCGGAGGCGGAAAAGGCACUGCGGAAUGGUGCACCAACAUGGCCAACGAGAUGGGUCAGAUCCUCACAUCAGUCCUGACCUGUGAGGAAUCGCUGCACAAAUUGCGGCCAAUGGCUGAAGGCCUCAUGGAACGUUACAGAAAAGCUGGCGAGACACCUCCUGAACUCAUGUAUGUUGACCGUUGCUGUUGUCGUGUCCAUGGUGUGUCUUCAGUAGAACAGCUCUUCAGUGAUUGGACAGACGCAGGUAUGCUGGUACGGCUUGACAUCUUUCACUGGAUCCAUCGUUUUGACGCAGCUUUGCGGACGGAUCACCACCCGAAAUAUGCUCUGUUCAAGUCUUCCCUAUCUGCUACUGUCUUUGCAUACAACAAGGAUGAUAUGGCACAACUUGUACAGGCCAUACGCGCAGGUCACCCAACCAGCUAUGCUUCCCUGAGUUACAGCCAGAUCAUCGAAAUCCAUGUCAGCAAGUCAGAUAUGAGCCAUCACGUUAGGAGGAUUACAGUUGGUGUACAGGAAACAUGUGCACGUGUCAACAGUGCCAUUGACAUCCUUAAGGGAUCUGCUGGGAUGGAUGAGAACCAGGUUCAUCUGUUCAAAGAGGCUGCAACAAUCGACCACAUCUGGGGGAACCAACAAAAGCACCUCGAGUGCAUACAAGAUCAACCGGGAAGGAACAUGUACACCAUCACAAAGUAUGUGACCCGUACUAGUGUGCGCCUUCCACGGUACAGCACGGAGAGAGGGAGCAACAGUCUGGAAGGCUUUCACUCUUUUCUACCCAAAAUGAUACCUGGGCCCCACAGCGCAGCUGUCUCCUUCCAAGUGUAUAUCCUAGCUGGCAUUGCACGCUUGAACUCUGAUAGGGAGUCAGCAAGUGUCAAAGGUCAAAAAGGGAGAAAGUACAAGGUGUACGUUUCUCCUCUAGUUUAUCGACUGAACCAGAGGUGUCAGGAACUGUUUGGGGAGGUGGAGGAGACCAACUUCAGACGAGCGGAUUGGUCUGGAGUAUCUGUUCUCUCAAUCAUCAGAGCCUUUCAGUGCUCAUGCACAUUAUGCUCAGACCAGAGAGACACUUCAAGCAGAAGACGAUGAACCUGACGAGGUUUCUGCUGGUGUGGCGGAAGAGGAGGAUGAGGCGGAGGAUGUAGGCUACAGCUCUGAUAGUGAGGGUGACAGUCUUACUCCACUAAAACACAAUCUGUGCCUCACCGACCAGGCAGUGGCUAGUGAGUUUGAUCCCUGUGUGGAGAAUGUGUGUGGUCCUAAUCAUCUCCCUGGGUACCAACAUGUAGAGGAGCUGACCAAAGUCCUUGUUGAGAUUGCCUUGGAGGACGGAAAGCUGGCAAUAAUUGAUUCUACUAGACAGAGGGUCAUCAGUGCCUGGAACAAUCUUGACCUCCAUGAUCGUAGCAUCCAGCAAUUCGACAGACUUUACUCAGCACGGAUCAAGGUUUAUCUGUCCUCCAAAGUCAUCACAGUUUUUCUGCAGCCAGCCACUGUGCUUCCAGAUGAAAGACCACACACCAGCCGACCUACGGUAAAGUUUGAAAUCACUCCAUCCUUUGCAGGGAUGCAGAAAAUUAAGUUGAGACUCCGGAAUGUAGUACCUGUGCCACACACUUCUCUCACUCAGCUCUUACCAGCCUCAGUUCUCACCACUCCACAAGCAGGACUCCAGCAUACACACCAUACAAGUCAGCUGAUGGCUGUACCUCUCACAGGACCAUCUGCUGUUCUCCUGCCAUUGGCAUCAUUUCCUCCACCGUCACCAGCAAGAUCGACCCUCUACAAGAGGAAACGGGCAGAGCGAAGUGUCAGUUAUUCAAUUAUAGUUGCCAUAGAAGUGAACAAUUUGUAAAUGUAUCAUUGUCAAUCAUUGUCUUUGAAUUGAUCAUGAAUUUUGUUAAUGAGGGAUGUAUGAAAUUAAAGAUUAGACAAAAUUUAAGAUGUACACAUUGUAUAAAUAAUAAACAUUUUAGACAUUCCAAUAUUUAGAAAAACAGACCGCAUAAGGUCCUCAAUUAUCACAAUUAUUAACUUUAAAUAAGCAGAGCAGAGAUGUUUGCCUCCUGUGCCAUUUUCCUCUCUUGGGCGGUCCCAGCAUGUGGUACAGCUUGAAGGCUCUUGUGCAGGCUGUACCACUGCCACAUCUCCAAAUACGUGAACGAUCUAAAGCGGCCCUGCACAUAAAUGGCCCCGUCCAGAUUUAUCUUGAGGUGGCAGGAGACCUGUGGAAACAGCUGCACAUACCAAUACAGAAGAUCCUUCACCCAGUUGUUUUUGUCAGGAUGGCGGCUUUCUUUUACGUGGAGAUCAAGGACACUAAAAUUUCACAAAAUGAUGAUUAAUUAUUACAGAUCAUUACAGACAGUGAAUAAAUACAAAUAAUUUU